UUUAGCCCCGCCAAAAAAUAUGGCAAAUUUCCAAAAUUUUUGUUCGUGAGUAAAAGAGAAGAGGCACUCAAGCCUAAACCCUAAACCCGGUGUUUACUGUCUCCUCCCCUUUGAACGGCAGCACCUCGUGGAUGCUGUGCUCCAGCAGUUCGGACCCACACGAUUCAGCCGUAACGCUCCUUCCCUUUUCUUUUUCCUCUUCACGUCCAGACCUUCCACGGGCGGUGCAGCUUUCGGCGACCAUACAUUUUCCUCAUUCCGACGAGGGUUAAGAUUAUCUGAACGCUAGACACUGAGGUCUGGGAGCUUUUUGGCAGAAGAUAAAAAUCCCGUUUUAAAACCCUUUCAAACUCGUUUUAAGUUUCACUAAAAGACUAGAAAUGAUAAAGAGGAGAUUCUACAGGCUUGAACAUGGGGAUAACGACAAUGCUUCAGAUUCAUCCGUGUCAUCAUCUGACUCUGAACCAGAUGCAUAUGUAGAAGAAUCACAAGAUGAUGUAGAAGUUCAAGAAGAUGAUGAUGAAUCCUGCUCUACCUCAUCUGGGUAUGAAAGCGAGGAUAGCUCUGUUAAUGAAGUUGAUGUUGACUCGUCAGGUUGUCCAAGUACCGAAGAUGAUCCUGACGUUGGAAAAGAAAUUCAAUCUCGUACUGGGACUCAGGUACCUGAUGAAAUCCCUUCAGAUAUGCAGUUGCCUGAUGAAUGCCCUUCGGGAACACUGGACCUUCAUUCAGAUAUUUUAUCCACAAAGGCAUCAUUACCAGCUGAUACUCCAGUGUGCGUCCUGAAAUGCAAAUCUGUUUUUAAGUGCAAGUUAUGCCCUAGAGUUGUCUGUUUGAAUGAGGAGACAUUGAAGGCUCAUCUUAAAUCCAAGAGACACGCUCGUUCUGAGAAAUUACUGAAUGAAGGCAGGCUGAAAAUUAUGCUCAACAACAGUGGAGAGAUUGAAAAUCCUGAAAGUUUGACUGAGUCACCUCCUCGACUUCCUGCUUUUCCACCGGAACAUCGUCGAAGGAAAAACAAAUCGCGACAAAGUAAUGGAUCACAGGCAAAGAGGUCAAGCAAGAAACAAAAGAAGCAUUCGAAUGGUAGUCAAAUGAGAGGAUCAACAAAGAACCUACCGAAGAAAAGACGCAAAAUUGAGUAACUGAACAUCGGUCAUUAUGCUGGCCAACUAAAGAUUGUUCUGUCUCAUGAAAUGUAGUGAUAGUGAAAGUGUAUGUUAUGAUUCCCCUUUUUCAAAUAUUUUCUUUUAACUUUAUUACUACAAAAUGAAAUCAGUAAUUCCGCUUUUCAUAGUGUGUUCGCUGACUAAUUCUUGUAAGGUGUGAAAUUUUGUUGGGUUCAGAAUGAGACACUAUCCUUGCCUUGUUUGCAUUUUGUUUAGCAAAAUUACCCAUCUUCUCUUUGUUUUAUAA